AUGUCGCAGCCCUUUGACCCAGAGAAGGCGGAGAACUUCGAGGAUAUGGAGAAGCAGUUCGCAGUGAAGGCCGUCGAACACUUGAUGACAUACUGGGCGAUUCUAGAGAAGGUGCCAGGAUCCAAGCUUCGUCUCACCAAGAUGGACGACCAAAUCUAUGAACACUUCAUGAAGGAGUUCCCCGACUUUGACCCCGCCGCGACCAUCAACGAGGAUAGCAUGAAGAGCAAGGCCGGCAAGGAAAAAUGGAGAAACUGGAUGAACCAGUACGAGAAGACUGUUGCCGACUUCAACUUCGGAACUAUCAUCAGAUCCAACCCCAAGUUUGAGUACGACCAGGAUACUACGAUUUUCGGAAUGCGCAUGCAGUUCUACGCCAUCGAGAUCGCAAGGAACCGUGCUGGUCUCAAUGACUGGGUCUACGAGAAGGCGCAGAAAGCAAGCUCGUAA